AUGUCUCAACAAGGCUCCAGACGAGGAUCCGCAAUAUUCGAGGAGGAGGACAAUAGUCCUUUCCCGCAAACACAAAUUUCGGAACUCAUCAAAAGCCCCAACUUUCCUGAAGCUAAUGCGUCCGCAGAGGCUGGGUCCAAUAGUUCGGUUUCGGGAGCCGGGGUGGAUCAGCGUGAAGCUUCUGGACUUAUCCAGUCAUUGAGCGCACAAUCUGAUUUGAGGGAUUCUGAGGAUAAGUCAGACGAGCCCGACGAUCAGGAUCUUAUAUUGUUCAAUAGUGAGCGCGACAAUUAUAACGCAGUGAAUAUAAACCACGAAAGCAGAGUGGUCAAGAUUCUUUCUUCUGAAAGUCCGGUGGAGAUACAAAUAAGUGAGGCUGGUAAGUCAAACGAAGGGAUGGCCAACUCCCUGAAAAAGUAUAUUGUCUACACAAUCAAACUAAUACAGUCUGACGGCAUCAAAGAGGAGAUCCAGACCCGCAGGCGCUAUUCUGACUUUGAAAGCCUACGAGACAUACUUAACAAAAUCUUUCCGUUGAUUGUAAUACCUCCCAUACCUCCUAAGAACUACUUUGCGCUCAACGUAUGGAAUGGAUUGGUGGGAAGCAAUGGUGCAGCUUCCCCUACAGGCCCUCCAGAGAAUCUGAAUACUGAAGGAACUCUGAUUGCUGGAGGCCUCAAUGCCUACUCCUAUAUUAAUUCAAAGUACUUGAACAAAGGACGUCUAGUUGAGCACAGGAAGCGCCUUCUUGCAAACUUUCUCAACAAUUGCCUACGCAUCAGACAGAUCCGCAAUUUGGGGUUUUUUGCUAAAUUUUUAGACCCCACUGCAAACUGGUCUGAUGAGGUUUCUCUUAUUCUGGGUCAGCUACCUAAGCUGAUCUAUCAACUGAACCCCGAGAAUGGCCUCAAGACAGAGGCAAUUUAUAAGGAUCUUCCUCUUCCCGUUUCUCAGAACGCUUUGGGGUUGUCGUUUCUGAAGGCAAGCAAAUUUGCACAAAAAACGUCUCAGAUGCUCGGUAAUGCUACCUCAGAUAUUGUGAACGCUGCUAGUGCUUCAACUACGGAAUCAACGCAAUCUAAAGAAUCUUCUCCUGACUCAGUUGUACCGACUGACCAGGUAAUGCGGCCAUCUGAUUUAGAUGAAAUCAACAAGAAAAUUAUGGGCAAUCUUUUGGGGCUAUCCAACGAUUAUGUUGAACUCGGUGUGGUUUUGAAUCUGAUAUCCCUAGGUGUUGUUGAAUCCUCCAAGGCUAAAGACGUAAAAGACUCCGAUCUGGAAGAUACUACUAAAUUGGACUUUAUCUUUGACAAAAUUGGAAUGGCCUUUGAUAGGUCUUACCUCACACUCAACUCACUAAUGAGUGAGCUUGAGACGAAGUUCUCGGAACCAUUGGGCGAGGCGGUUCAAUAUAGUUCAGUCCUCAAUUCCGUUAAGAAAUUCAAGGAAAAGAAAUUAAAGCAACAGAGCCUAAUUGAGGUUGAGCUCAAAGAUAAACGGAAGGAUCUUUCUGAUAAGAUGAGAUCAGAAUUAGACGCUACCAAGCGUGACCAAGAAAACACUCCAACAAAUAAGGGCGAAAGAGAGAGUUGGUCAAAAGGCGGAUUUAUGUCGAAGAUGAGCUCUUUGAAGAAAAUUACAGAUUAUGUUUCAACUAUGAUCGAUCAAACUCCUGAAUUGACACGGAAGGAGAAAAUCACUCAGCUUCAGAAGCGAAUUGUGGUUCUAGAGAAAUGUCAAAACAUCAUGAUGGAAGAUCUCGCGUACAUCACUUGUGAGCUUGAUAGAAACCAGGGUAUCUUCAAACAAAAGGAGUUAAUAACAAUUCUCCUGAUACUACGAAGCUACAACCAGGUAUUUGUUUCCUGGGCUCGCAAAAAUCUAGAGAUCUGGGAAGAGAUCAGAGAAGAGAUUGAAAAAACUGAGUUUUAA